AUGCAGACCAAGCGGUUCUUGGGCCUUAAUGGCACCAAACUCCAGAUUGCCAUUGGCUUUCUGGCGGGCAUGGACUUUCUGCUCUUCGGCUACGACCAAGGUGUAACUGGCGGCUUGCUUACGCUCACAUCUUUCAACAAGUAUUUCCCUUCCAUCAACACAUUGGACUCAUACACCGAAGGUUGGACUCAGGCAGAGAAGAACAACCAAUCAACGCGUCAAGGUAUCACAGUUGCAGCAUACAACUUGGGAUGUUUCGCCGGCUCAAUUCCCACGAUUUGGAUUGGUAACAUCCUGGGUCGCCGUAAGGCUAUCUUUUGGGAUCUUUCAUCAUGUGUAUUGGCGCUAUUCUUCAAUGUACUUCUUACGGGUUGGCUCAGCUGGUCGUCGGCCGAUUGGUCACUGGGUUCGACGACAGGCAAUGGCAUCAAUACUUCAACAGUCCCUACAUGGCAAUCCGAAUGCUGCAAAUCUCACCGACGCGGCCAGAUGGUCAUGAUCGAGGGUGCCAUGAUCACUUGCGGUAUUACUAUCAGUUACUGGAUUGAUUUCGGUCUGAUGUUUGCCGACCCCAACGAAGUUGCCUGGCGAUUCCCGUUGGCGUUUCAGAUCUUCUUCGCGGCCAUUAUCUUGGGAUUCGUCAUGUUCUUGCCUGAAUCGCCCCGUUGGCUCAUCUUGAAGGGUCGCGAGGAGGAAGCAAAGGAAGUUCUGGCAUGCCUGAUGGGUGAUGAGACUGAUGAACUGUUCAUCGACACUGAGUUCACCGCUAUUAAGGCUACCGUUCUGGAGAUGGCAAAGGGAUCGUUCCGGGAUAUGUUCACUAUGGGCGAGGACCGUCAUUUCCACCGUACCAUGUUGGCCUACGUCAACCAAAUGUUCCAGCAGAUCUCUGGUAUCAACUUGAUCACCUACUAUAUCCCAACUCUUCUGGAAUCCAAUGUCGGACUGGAUGCCACAACUUCACGUCUUAUCGCUGCCUGCAACGGAACCGAAUAUUUCAUUGCCUCUUGGAUCGCCGUGUUCACCGUCGAGAAGUUUGGACGCCGAUCACUCAUGCUGUUUGGUGCAGUCGGGAUGUCCCUUUCCAUGGCGGUCCUUGCCAUCUCCGACAGUAUUUCCUCGACCCACAAGCAAACCCCUACCGGUGUCAAGGCUGGCGUUGCCCAAACGGUCUUCUUGUUUGUGUUCAAUACCUUCUUUGCCAUUGGCUGGCUCGGUAUGACUUGGCUCUAUCCUGCCGAGAUUGUCCCAUUGAAGAUUCGUGCCCCAGCCAACGCCUUGUCUACUUCUUCCAACUGGAUUUGGAACUUCAUGGUUGUCAUGAUUACCCCUGUGGCUUUCCAGAGCAUUGGCUACAAGACCUACGUCAUCUUCGCCGUAAUUAACGCUGCCAUCGUACCUGUCGUCUAUUUCUUCUUCCCGGAGACCACUAUGCGUUCGUUGGAAGAGAUGGACCGCAUCUUCCGCAAGACUACAAACGUUUUCAACGUGGUUUCGGUUGCCCGGACUGAGCCCCAUAUGUAUGGUCCUAAUGGUGAACUAUUGCGUACUCUGGAUGAUGUCGAGGAUGAUGCUGUCCGUCGCGCCAGUAUUCUGAACAAGGAGAGCAAGGCUCACGCCCAGACUCAUACGCAACAUACAGAGAAGUACAGUGACGGAAACACAAGGGAACACGGAUACUGCCCUGUCCGAGAUUCUUUUGAUGCGAAGCGCUUUCUCCUGAAGAACCGCCAGAUAGCCAAUGAUGCACCCCUUCAACUUUACUGCUCGGGCCUUAUGUUUACACCACGAACAGCGGUAUUCCGUAAGCUUUUUGUAGCAGAGCUUCCUAGGUGGGUAUGUCAGGUUCCCCAGGUUGACGAAACGUGGGAUUCAGAACUGCAGACUCUCGAGGGCCAUUCGGGUACGGUUCAGUCGGUGGCAUUCUCACCUGACGGCCGGCUGCUGGCGUCCGGCUCCGAGGAUGGCACAGUCCGGCUCUGGGAUACGGCGACUGGCGCCCUACAACAGUCACUCGAGGGUUUUUCGAGUGGGGUUUGGUCGGUGGCUUUCUCGCCCGACGGCCAGCUACUAGCGUUCAGCUCCGAGGAUGAGACAGUCCGACUCUGGGACAUAGCCACGGGCGCUCUGCAGCAGAUUCUCGAAGGCCAUUCAAUGGGGGUUUACUCGGUGGCCUUCUCCCCAGACGGCCGGCUGCUAGCGUCCGGCUCGAGUGAUCGAACGGUGCAGCUCUGGGACACAACGACGGGCGCCCUACAGCAGACUCUUAAGGGGCAUUUAGAUUUGGUUAAUUUAGUGGCAUUCUCGCACGACGGCGGGUUGCUAGCGUCAGGCUCUUGGGACACCACGGCUUGGUCCUGGGGUACGGCAGCAGGCGCGCUCCAGCAAAACCUCAAAGGUCAUUCGUAUCUCGUUGAUUCUGUGGCUUUCCUGUCUGAUGGCCAGCUGCUAACGUCCCACCCCCGCGAUAAAACAGUCCAGCUCUGGGAUACAAUGACGGGCGCCCUACAGCAUACUCUCGAGAGCCAUUCGGGCUCAGUUAACUCGUUGGCAUUCUCGCCCAAUGGCCGGCUGCUGGCGUCUGGCUCUUUCGAUAACACAGUCCGGCUCUGGGACACGGCGACAGGUGCCCUACAGACACUUGAGGGCCAGUCACAUUGGGUUUGGUCGGUAGCAUUUUCACCAGACGGCCGGCUACUAGCGUCUGGCUCUCGUGAUAGAACAGUGCGGCUCUGGGCCCCGGCCACGGGCACUCUGCAGCACACUCUCGAAGGCCAUUCAGAUUCGGUUGACUCGGUUAAAUUCUCACCCGAUGGCUAUCAGCUAGUAUCAAGCUCUAGUGAUAAGACAGUGCGGCUCUGGGAUACGGUGACAGGUGGGCUACAGCAGACCCUCGAGAGCCAUUUAGGUCCCGUUUACUCGGUGGCGUUCUCUCUAGACGGCAGGCUACUAGCGUCUGCUUCCCGUGAUAGAACAGUGCGGUUUUGGGACACGGCGACGGGCGCUCUACAGCAGACCCUCGAGAGCCAUUCAGCUCCGGUUUACUCGGUAGCAUUUUCGAUAAACAGCCAACUGCUAGCGUCCGGCUCCCGUGAUAGAACAGUGCGGCUUUGGGACACGGCGACGGGCACUUCGCAGCACUGUCUCGAAGGCCAUUCAGAUUCAGUGGACUUGGUGGCAUUCUCGCCAGACGGUCUGGUGCUGGCGUCUAGCUCUAAUGAUAAAAUAGUGCGGCUCUGGGACACUGCCACAGGCACCCUACAGCAAACCUGGGUUUCUGAUGGAACGGUCACUAACCUUGAGUGCUUUCAACCCGAUUUAUGUGUAUGCACCGACUUACACGCCCUUGGUAUUCAGACCAAGUGUGACAGUUCUUGGACCAAGGUGAAUCCAGAGAUAUCCAUCGAGCACGGGCAGUGGGUUAAAUUGAAUGGCGAGAAGGUACUCUGGCUCCCUCCAGAAUAUCGGCCCAGUCAUUAUGCGAUUAAUGGCAGUAUACUUGCCCUAGCACACGUGUCAGGGCGGAUUUCCUUCAUAGCAUUUCGUGUAUAG